UCCCACCCCUUUGUUUUCCUCCCCACUCAUCUCAUGCUAUUAUAUCCAUUAUUAAGCUGCAGCCUGGAACACGACCUCAGCGAAAAUGAAGUACAUGGUGGACUGGCAUCCUGGGCACCGAGUUCCAAUAGUGGAUGGAAAGUUCAAAAACCCGAAUACAGGUGAAAUAGAAGAAGCCGGAGAAAUUCCCUGUUACUCCGGCCCUCCCUCGGUACAGACAAUCUGGGUUAAUCUUGAUAUUGGGUCAAGCUUUCGGAAAUGUAGUGCCAGCUUUUGCGCUACUAUCGACGAAGUGCUUCUUGCUAUUGCCGAACACGUUAAACAAAAGGCCUAUACAAUCGAAAGUAUCAACGGCAGCCCCUACUCGAUGACAGUUGUUUGCAAGACCAGCAAGUCGCAGGGUGAAAUGUGCGAGUAUUUCAAUCAGAUGCAUCGCGAUCUCGGAAGGGAUGUGUGGGUGUCGCCAGAAGAGGAGGCUAAAUUUCGCUCUUUCGUGGAGGAAGAACAAAAGAAGGACAACCCGAGGUUUUGAGGGAGCGUUCCCUAUGUGUGUGUCAACAG